GACGAUUAACGUGGCCAAGCAAGCGAAAAAAAACGUAAGCAACCAUAAACGUUUCUUUCGCAGCCCGAGCCGCAACGUGCAAACUGAAAAACCAAAACCUUUUCUCCUCUUCUCUGCCUCUCCUCUGUUUCGUUGUUUUUUCUCAAGUUCCUACGGUUCUCUCUCUGUCCUUUUUUUAAAAACUAAACUCUACAUCAAUGGAAACGAGCUUGAACUCCCAUUUCAGCCUCCAACCCUCAGAAUCCAAGACAACUCGUUUUCCUGACUGGUAUUCACCGGAAACAGGGAUUUAUUCCAGCAAGCAUUCCUCUGUAUCCCUCCCCACUGAUUGUUUUCUUGAUAUUGUUUCCUUCAUUUUCUCUCACCAACAUGACGGGGUCACCGCUUUGAUUGAUUCCUCAUCUGGGUAUUCAAUAUCUUACUCAAAGCUUUUACCUUUGAUCCAGUCAAUGGCCUCUGGUCUCCACCACCUGGGUGUUUCUCAAGGUGAUGUGGUCUUGCUUUUGUUGCCAAAUUCUGUUUACUUCCCCAUUAUUUUCUUGAGUGUUUUAUAUUUAGGUGCAAUUGUUACGGCCAUGAAUCCACUAGCUAGUAUGUUGGAGAUCAAGAAACAGAUUGCUGACUCCGGUGUGCGUUUUGCUUUUACUCUUCUUGAUAAGGUUGACAAACUUAAGAACCUGGGUGUUCAUGCAAUUGGGGUACCAGAAAACUUGAACUUGGAUUCAGAAAAGACUGAUUUUUUACUUUUUCAUAAGCUUAUUGAGGGGCAAUUUGAUAAGGCACCAAGGCCAGUGAUUAGGCAGCAAGACACUGCAGCAAUAAUGAAUUCAUCAGGUACUACAGGUGUUAGUAAGGGAGUUGUCCUUACACAUGGGAAUUUUAUAGCAAUGAUUGAGCUAUUUGUAAGAUUUGAGGCUUCACAGUACGAGUAUUCAAGUUCAAAGAAUGUGUAUUUAGCUGUUCUACCAAUGUUCCAUAUUUAUGGACUGUCACUCUUUGCGGUAGGAUUGUUAUCAUUGGGGACUAGUAUUGUUGUCAUGAGGAGAUUUAAUGCCACUGAAAUGGUGAACGUAAUUGAUAAAUAUGGAGUUACUCACUUUCCAGUUGUUCCACCUAUACUGACAACAUUGACAAUGAGAGCCAAGGGUGUUCGUGAAAAUAGCUUCAAGAGUUUGAAACAGGUUUCUUGCGGUGCUGCUUCUUUGACCAGGAAAGCGAUAGAGGACUUUGUUCAGGCUGUCCCUCAUGUUGAUUUCAUUCAGGGUUAUGGCAUGACUGAAUCAACUGCAGUAGGAAACCGUGGCUUCAACAAUGAAAAACAUCAUAAAUAUUCUUCAGUGGGACUUCUAGCUCCAAACAUGCAAGCUAAAGUGGUGGAUUGGAAUUCUGGCUCCUCUCUGCCUCCUGGCAGUUAUGGAGAGCUUUGGCUAAGAGGACCUGGAAUUAUGCAAGGAUACUUAAAUAAUGUUGAGGCCACCAGGAUGACAAUUGACAAAGACGGUUGGCUACGCACCGGUGACAUUGUUUGUUUUGAUGAAGAUGGGUACAUGUAUGUAUCUGACCGCUUAAAAGAGAUUAUAAAAUACAAGGGCUAUCAGAUUGCCCCUGCUGAUUUAGAGGCCAUCCUGAUUUCCCAUCCUGAGAUACUUGACUCUGCUGUAAUUCCAGCCAUUGAUGAAGUAGCUGGUGAGAUUCCUGUGGCAUUUGUGGUGAGGAGGCAAGGUAGCACACUGACCCAGGGUGCUGUCAUGGACUUCGUGGCUAAGCAGGUUGCACCUUAUAAGAAAGUAAGAAAGGUGGUGUUUACAAAAUCAAUACCAAAGUCUGCUGCAGGGAAGACCCUAAGAAGAGAGCUUAGGAACUUCUUAAGUUCUAGACUUUAGGAUCUCAGAUAUGGGCAGUGGCAGAUUUUAUGCAGCCUUACUUCAAACAAGAAAGGACAUUUAGCUAUAAAAAUAAUUUUCUGCUGCUAGCUCAUAUUAGUCUUGAAACAUUUCAUGUAAUUAGUUAAUGCUUUAUUAAUAACCUUUUGUCU